AUGGCUGACGAAUUAAAGAAAGCCAGGGGUCAAAUUAAAUCUAAGCUUACGCGAUUUCAAACAUUUAUUUCAAAACUUAAUAACGAUACGGUUACCGAGGAAGAUGCAAUUGAGCUCCAAGAUAGAUUGGAGGCUAUAACGCCCUUGAUGAAGGAAUACGAUGAGACUCAUAGUAAAAUGAUUAAUUUGGUCUCUGAUGUGAGCGACGACGAAUGUCACCACGCACAAUUUGAAUCUGCUUAUUUUAAAGCGACUUCAUUCGCGAAAUUGCUGCUCAACAAAGCAAAAGUUGAACGCAUUUCAAUAUCUCCGUCGUGCAAUUCCGAUGCGAGAAGCGUUAACAGUUCUUCCCACAAGAACCCAUUUUUUAAUCUGCCUAAGAUAUCAAUUCCUAAAUUCUGUGGUGAUUUAGAAAACUGGAUAGAGUUCAGGGAAAUUUUUAACAGCCUCAUUCAUUCAAAUGAGGAGCUAAACGACGUUCAACGACUACACUAUUUGAAGUCAAGCCUUACUGGCGACGCAAGCCAGGUAAUCAAAUCGCUACAAUUUUCCGCCGGCAACUAUCAAGUUGCUUGGAAAGCAAUCUGUGCUAGGUAUGAUCAGCCUCGCAUGCUAAUACGCAAUCAUUUAAGAUCUAUACUAGAUUUAGAAUCCUGUGUCAAGGAGGCGUCUCCCGCAUUAAGAAAGAUCUCUGAUGCAUUAUUCAAACACGUCACCGCUUUACGCUCGCUAGCCUCCGACGCCCAAUUAUUUGAAACUACCAUCAUAUAUAUUAUAAUGUCUCACAAACUAGAUUCUACUACAUUACGCCAAUGGGAAAGAAACCAAAAUGAUGCUGGUACCGCAAUACCGAACUUUGACGAGUUCAAAACUUUCUUAACAAACACUGCAAAUUUGCUAGAUAGCUUGCAAUCCAAAUCGGAUUCGAAGUCUACCCCUACGCCAGUAUACGCCAAAGGAAAACCUCAAAUGUCAAAAUCCUUUGUGAUGAAUUCUCCAAUAUGCAUCUUAUGCAAAGACUCCCAUACACUCAAUUCUUGUGAGCAUUUUCUAAAAUUUUCUCCAUCACAAAGAAUUGCCAAAGUUAAAGAAUUAAAACUAUGUUUGAAUUGUCUGUACAAGGGUCAUAUGAUAACUCAGUGUACUUCUAAAUACAGCUGUCGCACCUGCAAGGGGCGGCAUCAUUCCCUGCUGCACCUAAGCUCUGGUCCUGCUAGCCAAGAGGCGCCUACUGGGCGGAAAAUAGAGUCCAAUCCUUCUAGUAGCAAUAACGAUGAACCAAGUCAAAGUAUUGCUGCAUUUUGCACGAACACCAUUCAAGUUCUUCUACCAACCGCUUCAGCUCAAAUUCUUGAUUCUACUGGAGCGGCACACACAAUUCGUGUUUUAUUAGAUUCUGGUUCGCAGUCUAAUUUCAUUCGCGCUAGCAUUUGUCAGAAAUUGAAGCUGAACGUCGAAAAUGCUAACGUUACGGUGUCAGGUUUAAGUAAAUUAUCAUCCACUAUUCGAUCAAAAUGUUGUGUAAUUUUACGAUCUCAAUAUUCGGGUUUUCAAGAGGACGUUUCUUGUUUGAUUCUUGAAGAGAUCACUGGCACAAUGCCUAGUUUCCGCUUUAACUGCAACAUCAAACUGCCAAAACACAUCAAAUUGUCUGAUCCAUCAUUCAAUACUCCCGGAAAUAUUGAUAUGUUAAUCGGAUCGCCUCUAUUCUUUUCUUUAUUAUGCGCGGGUCAAAUAAGGUUAGGCCCAAACAUGCCCAUUCUACAAAAAACCCAACUGGGUUGGGUAAUUUCUGGCCCUAUAGGUGCCAUCCCUUCUACCAAAUCGCAAUGCAAUUUGAGUGUAUUAAACGAUCUUCCUGAACAGUUAGCCAAAUUCUGGGAAUUACAAAGCUAUCCCUCUGACAAGGUACAUUCAGCUGAGGAGACGGAAUGCGAGACCCACUUUACGAAAACCGUCUCACGAGAUGAAGACGGAAGAUUUAUUGUCGACAUUCCUUUUAAGGCUCCUCUCGACACCCUAGGAGAAUCAUACAAUAAGGCUCAAAGACAAUUUUUCGCUUUGGAGAGGCGUCUUCAAAUGAAUCCCAUCAUUUUGGAGCGCUAUACUGCCUUUAUGGAGGAAUACCAAAAUCUAGGCCACAUGUCACUUUCAAAUGCAUCCUUUAGAGGCAUUUCGUAUUAUCUUCCCCACCAUGGAGUGAUGAAGGAAUCAAGCCUUACCACCAAGCUUCGAGUGGUAUUCAAUGGUUCCUCAUCGACUACGUCGGGACGGUCUAUCAAUGAUUUUCAAAUGGUUGGCCCAACCAUACAACAGGACCUCUUUUCUAUAUUGGUGAGAUUUCGAAAAUAUACUUACGGGAUUUCAGCUGAUAUUGAAAAGAUGUACCGACAAGUUCUAGUAAACCCAGAUCAGAGACCCCUGCAACGCAUUUUGUGGAGACCUGUUCCCUCUGAGCCGCUUUUGUCCUAUGACUUGAACACCGUUACGUACGGUACAUCAUCUGCUUCAUUUCUCGCCAUCCGAUGUUUAUAUCAAAUUGGAAUAGACAUCGAAAAAUUCGAUUCCAAAACGUCAAGCAUCAUCAAGUCCGACUUCUAUGUCGAUGACCUCUUAACUGGCGCCGAUGAUCUUUUUGAAGCCCAAGUACUCGCCUCUAAAGUCUCACAUGCCCUUCGUGAAGGCUGCUUUCCGAUUCGUAAGUGGAUUUCCAACGAUCCAAGGGUACUGGCUCACUUACCCGAGGAGGACAUCCAUCCAGGCUUACUGGAACUGGGAUCCCAUGAUCAUACUACCACUCUGGGACUAAUUUGGAAUUUUCAAACCGAUAGUUUUACCUUCACCAUCUCACCAGCUCCCAUAAGUAAGAUAACCUUUCUCAAAUUGCUCAAAUUUUUGACCCGCUUGGCCUUCUCAGUCCAUGCACCGUUAGUGCUAAAAUACUCUUACAACAAUUUUGGCUGGAGAAAUUAG